AUGUCUUCCGGGCCGUGGCCCUUACGGCCAGCAAGCAGUUAUGGUCCCUCGAUUCUUCGACCUUUGUCCAGAUAUACAACGCCAACCUCUAUGAUAGUGAAUCGAGCACAUUCAAUGUUAAGUGAGUACGCAGACGGCAAUUACUAUCCAGUACAACCUCAGCAUCCUUAUCCUUACCCCAGUCAACCGGUGUACUAUCAGGACUAUGAUCAAAACAUAUCUUAUGGCUACUCAGCACCUGAUCAACAGAAACAACAAAUAGGUACGUUAUCUACAACAACGAUGAGUAACCAAGUGCAACUAUCCAACCCUCAACCGGUGACAGUUCCUGCUACACCUAAAAAUCGACGUACUCUUGCUAAUAUGGAAGAAGAGAAUGAUGAAUUAAAUGAUUUUAUAAAUGAUCCUACAACAAAAACAAUAGAACGUAAUCGUAAAUAUCAGAAAACAAACAAUCAGUAUGCGAUGAAUCAUAUGAUGAAUCAUUCAACUUCACGAUCAAUAAUAAUAAUAAUAAUAAUAACAAAAAAAGUAUCAGAGUAG